AUGAUUACGCCGGGGAACUCUGCCUCCAUCAUCGUUUUUAUCUCGCUUCUGCUAUUCCCGGCCCCAACAUCUUCAGCGAAACAGUCAACAAACUUCACAUUCAAUAGCUUUGAUCCAUCUCAGUACGGUAGUGUUUUUGAUGUAAUAGGAGAUGCAUCCAUCAGUACACAAGCCCUACAGAUAACAACCUACACUCUCAACGAUGCCUUCGGCUGCUUAAACCAGUCUGGCCGUGUCAUGUUCUCAGUACCCUUCAAGCUCUGGGAAGAAUCUUCUUCUUCGACGGAUUCCGAUAUCGUGGCCUCUUUCAACUCAACCUUCCUCAUAAACAUCUACCGACCAUUCAACGAGUCAGUAGGUGAAGGCUUCGCUUUCGUGAUCGCCCCAGAACUUAACAUCCCUUCGGCGAGCUAUGGCCAGUGGCUGGGGCUAACGAACGCCACCCUCGAUGGCAACCCAUCUAACAAGAUCGUCGCCAUUGAGUUUGACACGGUCAAACAAGAGUUCGAUCCAGAUGACAACCACAUGGGUCUGGACAUAUACAGCGUCAAAUCGAGCAGGACGGUGUCGCUCUCCAAGUUUGGGAUCCAGAUUGCACCAGAGGUUGCCAAGAACUAUACCGUGUGGAUCCAAUACGAUGGAAGAGUCAAAUUGAUGAAGGUUUACAUGGGCGACUCAGAUUCCGACAAGCCGAGUAGCCCGGUUCUCAAUGAGAAGAUAAACCUCAAGGAUUAUGUGAGCCAGUACUCGUACAUAGGUUUCUCGGCCUCGACAGGUGUGCAGGCGCAGCUGAACAGCGUGUUCAAGUGGGAUCUAUCGGUGGAGGUGCUCCCUCACGAGAAGAAUCUAAGUUUGGUUAAGAUCGUGAUCGGUGUUGGAGUGGCGUGUUUGGCAUUGUUUGGGAUUUUUGUUUUCGGGUUGGUUCACCACUUGAAAAAGUGGAGGGAUAGGGACAACGACCCAAACAUUCUGGGGCUGAUGAAGAGCCUGCCAGGUACGCCUAAGGAGCUCAAGUUUAAAGACCUGAAGAAGGCCACCAACAACUUCGACGAGAAGCUGAAGCUCGGGCAGGGUGGAUUUGGAGUGGUCUACAAGGGGUUCCUCGAACGUAAGAACUUUGAAGUUGCAGUGAAGAGGUUCUCCAGGGAAAGCAUGAAGGGGAUCGAUGAUUACCUCGCUGAACUCACCAUCAUUAAUCGCCUCCGGCACAAACAUCUCGUCCGAUUAAUCGGAUGGUGCCACGAGAAAGGCUUGCUUUUGUUGGUGUACGACUAUAUGCCAAAUGGCAGCCUUGAUAACCAUCUAUUUGGUGGGCCUGAAAAGUUACUGAACUGGGAGCGUCGAUACAAGAUCAUAGCAGACGUAGCAUCGGGCCAGCACUAUCUUCACGACGAGUACGACGAGAUGGUGAUCCACCGUGACCUCAAGGCCAGCAACAUCAUGCUGGACUCCAAUUUCAACGCUCGGUUGGGCGACUUCGGACUUGCCCGUGCCCUAGACAAAGAGAAGAACUCCUACGCCGAAGUGGAGGGGUUCCCAGGCACGCUGGGCUAUGUGGCCCCAGAGUGCUUCCGAACUUGCGAGGCCACCACCGAGUCGGACGUCUUUGGCUUCGCCGCCGUCGUCCUCGAAGUGGUCUGUAGUAAGCGCCCCUGGACUAAGAUCGCCGGCACCAAAUCACUGGUGGACUGGGCCUGGACUCUCUACCGUGAGGGUCGCAUCUUCGAGGCCGUCGACAAGAGGCUUAAGGAUGAAUACGAUGCCCAGCAAGCCCACCGCCUCCUUCUCGUCGGGCUCGCCUGCUCCCAUCCCGUUGCAUCUCAAAGGCCCAAGAUGCCCACCAUCGUUCUGGUAAUUUCGGGAUCCGUUCCACCACCUGACGUGCCGCACAUCAAACCUGACUUCGUACCGGCGCUGGGUUUCAACAUCGAAAGCUUGAUUACAGAAACGCAGGACACCACUGCCAUUACCUCUUCCUAUUAUGGGUCGGUGAAUUCGGAGUCGAUCCCACGCUGCCACGUCCCACAGAGUUUUGUAAGUUGCAGCGACGUCUCCUUGGUAUGA